CUGGUGGUAGAAGAUCCACGUGGUGUAUUGAACGCGGUAGGGGGUAAACGUGGUGUCUUACGGUCAAUAAUAGAUACAUGGCAAUGGCAUGUAUAACUGGACGAAACUGAUACACGUUGCGUCUUACGGUCAAUAAUAGAUACAUGACAUGUAUACCUGGAGGUAGAAGAUACACGUGGUGUAUUGUACGCAUCUUAAUCCGGGGUCCACAAGUAAGAGAAAGGUAUUUUUUACUCAGACAAUAUAGCCAGACAGACUUGAAUGCUAAUUGGUGUUAAGAUGUCUGUAGUUAAAAUAAAGUUGGGCCCAAUAAACUGGUAGAUCAAAGGCCUGUUGAGCGCUCAUGCCCGGUGUGAUUUUAACAAUUGACUACAAAUGCGUUGACAAGAAAAUAAGUAAAACUGUUAUUGAAUGUGAUUGGUUGAUAAAAUCAACGUACUAUAGGCUACAUUUUGUCUGCGAUAUCAUCUCGGUGGAAGCGGACAUUAAAUGAAGUGAUUUCACACAAUUAAUUUAACAUUUAACAACGUGCUGAAAUGAUUUUGGAGCAGUGAUAUGUUUGACAAAUGUAAGCUAAUGGUCACAUAGAAUACAAGACCGCAGAAUCACAUUAUGAUUAAAGCAGAAACGGCUCGACUUGAACCAGCAGGUAAGAAUCUGUUUUGAAAUUAUAUCUUGGGAGGUUGGAUUGGCGUUGGAGACCCGAUUGGCGGCCAUUUUGAUUCUUGUUUCAUGAUUUUUUUAUAUUAUAACGAUUUUGCCAAGAGUAGACAUAAACGCGGGCACAGACUAGAAAAAAAUCUUUUUACACUUUUGUGUUAGUUGAAUUGUAAUCUAAUUUAUGUUUAAAAAAACAACCUUAAAUCUAAUAAGCAGACGGAAGAUAUGGACGAACAACAAGAAGAAGUUAUGGAGGUCCCAACAACUGAACCUAUGGAAGUAGAAGAAUCGUUUACAGCCGAAACCCGAUACGAUGUGCCAGUUCCGGUCAUGGAGUCCUCCAUCUCAGACGAUGCCGACGUUAGUGUCUUCUGCGACGAAGAACCCGUAGUGGUGUAUACGCAGGUAGAAGCUGGUUCCUCCCGUGGCAAGUCCAAGUUGUUUGACAACCAAGGGUUUAGUUAUACAAUUAAGACAGAGAAGACAACUACGAUUUGGAGGUGUUCCAUCUUCACCCAGCAGAACCCGGUAUACACACGGCUACCAAGAUAAAAGUUACAGCAAAGCAUGAAGCCAAAGGAAAUGUUUUUACCAAGUCAUGUUCCUCAAUAGCGGAGAGAGUUUUAUCCAGUGUCGGUUCUGCAGAAGAACCCAUUCAUAGCAGACCACCCAUGGCAGCACUUGUAAGGUCGCUACAAAGAACCCGACAGACUCUGCGACCAAAAGAUCCCACUGACGUGUCGUCAAGCUCAAUGAUGAUAUGUGACUCUUUCCACCUUCCAGCAAUAAUUAUUGAGAAUUUACCAAGGACUCCAUUGGCAUUGAAUCGAAGAAAAACAGUUUCAAUAUUGGAUGUAUAUGCAAAUCACCCAGAAAAAGAUCAUGUAAUAACAAAAGAAAUUAUAAAAGAAAAAAAUGGAAGAAGAAAUGGCUGGAAAAAAUGAUGAUAGAGCAACUUUUUCUUGUUACCCACCUCGGAAGAUCAAGUUGGAAAGGGCUAUUGAUAUUGUGGAGACGUUUUCUCACAGAUCUUGCUUAUCAGACAAAGACUAUUGUGUCUACUGGGUUAUAGAAUAUACCAGAUCUGUGAUCAGAAAAAAAAUGUCUCUUAAAGUUCUCCUGUUUGUCUCAUUAAUGGGCGUAACCCCAGUUGCCAACGGACAAGGAUUGUAUGAUCUCGGAAAUUGUACGAGUUUUAUUAAUGACAUCAACCAAUGUAUGACUGAACAUCAAGUACUCCCCGAUAUUAUUAAUUUAGUAAAUGCACAUUUGCAAAAUUUGCAUACCCUUAAUGCUUCCAUAGUGUGUAGCUAUAUGACAGAGUACAUAUCGCUGAUUACUUGUAUUCAAGAUGCCAUUGCUAAAUGUCUCACGGAUGAAUUUAGUAGUCUAUUUCCUACAGAUAAAGUUAUUACUGCAAACGUAUUGUAUUUUUGUCAGAACAGUGCAGAUUUUGAUUACAAGUGUAUGAUGGACAUUGGCCAAGAAAACAUGAAAUGUAUUUCUAGAAAUUUCAACAUCACAGACUUUCCCAAACGCAACGAAGGGUUCAAUAAAUGGAAAGCCUACUUUUGCAGAUUACAGGAAAUUACACUUGAUUGUUUGAUCGACCAAAGCACACCCGAAUCCUGUCAGAGUACUUUAAACAUAUUGAAGGGAAUGAAUCGAAAAAUAGCACUACCAGUGUGUUCUAAAUUUCGUGUUACCACCGAUAACCCUAAUCUGAGUGCUUCCACCGAUAACCCUAAUGCUAACUUUAACAUCGAUAUCGCCAAUGAUGACCGUGUUAUUAUUUAUGUUGACACUAUUAUUGGUAAUAGUGUCAACAUAAAUAAUAAUAACGUUAUCUUGUUCAUGGUUUGCCUUCUAAUAGGUGUAUUUUGUCAUGAAAUAUAUUUUCCUAUCUAAUAUGUUGUACAUUACCAUGAUAUAGAUUUUGUUAUGGUUAUAUUUUGCUAUCUAAUUAGUGUAUAUUAUCAUGAUAUAUAUUUUGUCCUGGUUAUAUUUUGCUAUUAUCAUGAUAUAUAUUUUGGAUAUAAUCUAUUGUAUAUUAUAGAAUGUAAUCUAUUGCAUAUUACCAUGAUAUAUAUUUUGUCAUGGUUAUGUUUUGGUAUAUUUUCCUAUCUGUUGUAUUAUGAUAUAUAUUUCUUAAUGGUUAUAGUUUUUUAUCUAAUUGAUGUAUAUUAUUAUGAUAUAUAAUCUAUUGUAUAUUAUAUUAUACAAUGUAUUCUAAUAUUCAUGGUGUAUGCUCUAAUAUAUUAUGUUAUCUAAUUAUUUUUUUUGUCAUGGUAUAUGUUUUAAUAUGUUAUAAUAAUAAUAAUAAUAAUAAUAAUAAUAAUAAUUUAUUUAUAGAGCGCCUAUAAUCCAAUAUUUUGAUUGCUCUAUGGCGCUAUAAGUGUAUAUCACUAUGGUUUAUAGUUUACUAUAUAAUUAUUGUAUAUUACAAAUUAUAAGUAUAUUGUUUAAAAUUAAAAUUAUAUAAAGAGUUUAAUAAUUAUUAUAUAAAUCUUUAUAUUACAAGGAAGAAUGUAUAUCAUCAAAGAACGGUAUAGUACAGCUACUAAUGAAUCGUGGUAGAGCUGUUUAACAGGCCAUCUCUACUUUCCUCUGUCGUCAUAAUAUUCAGGUUAAAUGAGUUUGGAGAAAUGUGGGGUUUUUUGGCAUUUGUUUUGGUAUUUAGAGAUUUGUAUUUGGACAAUAUUUGUUCAAGAUUUGUUUUUCGUUGUAGUAUUUUUCUGUUGAAAUGUAAAUGUAAUUUUUUGAUUUUCUAAAAUAAAGUUUAUCAUUAUAUUAAAAUACAAUUGAAGUAAA